UCAUGUGCACAUUUAAAUUCCACGGAGUGUUUUUUAUGUCGCGCUCCUCGUCUGAUUAAUUCAGAGUAUCGUUUCAUUUGAACACAAUUUAAGAUCACAUUAAGGCUUAUUUUCUACCUCAAACACCUCAAGAUGGCAGGGAACUUCUGGCAGAGCUCACAUUAUCUGCAGUGGGUUCUGGACAAACAGGAUCUGAUGAAGGAGAGACAGAAAGAUCUCAAGUUCCUCACAGAGGAGGAAUAUUGGAAGCUACAGAUAUUUUUUGCCAAUGUGAUUCAAGCCUUAGGGGAACACUUGAAACUCAGGCAGCAGGUCAUCGCCACGGCAACCGUCUACUUUAAGCGUUUCUACGCCAGGUACUCUCUGAAGAGCAUAGACCCUGUGCUGAUGGCCCCCACAUGUGUGUUUCUGGCCUCUAAAGUAGAGGAAUUUGGUGUUGUUUCGAACACACGCCUUAUUUCAGCAGCAACGUCUGUGUUGAAAACGAGGUUCUCUUAUGCCUUUCCAAAGGAGUUUCCCUUCAGAAUGAACCACAUCUUGGAGUGUGAAUUCUACUUACUGGAGCUCAUGGACUGCUGUCUGAUCGUGUACCACCCUUACAGACCGUUACUGCAGUAUGUGCAGGAUAUGGGUCAGGAGGACAUGCUGCUGCCGCUGGCUUGGAGGAUAGUGAACGACACCUACAGGACAGACCUGUGUCUGCUUUAUCCUCCAUUUAUGAUUGCACUGGCCUGCCUGCAUGUGGCCUGUGUGGUGCAGCAGAAAGAUGCCAGGCAGUGGUUUGCUGAGCUGUCUGUUGACAUGGACAAGAUCCUGGAGAUCAUCAGGGUGAUUCUGAAACUCUAUGACCAGUGGAAGAACUUUGAUGAUAGGAAGGAAAUGGCCGCUGUGCUCAACAAGGUGCCCAAACCCAAACCCCCUCCUAACAGUGAGACUGACCAGAGCUCAAACGGGAGUCAAAACAGCUCGUACAGUCAGUCCUAGAGCGGCCCCUGCUGAAGGACUUGAGGUGGAAUGAUUCAGAGAGGCAAACACAGCACAUCCUGGCACAUCUGAAUGCUGCUUUUCACAAGCACAUCGUUUUAUGACCGUGUGGAAAACCGAUUCCUGGCACACACAUCCUCUCUUUCCUCUCUUCUGGGUUCUUCCAGCAAUCAGAGCAAUCACAAACGCACCUAAUUGGGUACCUGCUUGAUGAAGAGGGGUGCUGUUUUCCCAGAUCGAUGGUCCUGACUUCCUUAAAGUCCCAUUAGGCUUCUUUCAGCGGAUGCUCUUUGGGAACUCGUUGACCAUAUCACAGUUUGUAUUCCUCAGGGAAACGGAUCAGUCCUCUCUACAAAGUGGCUGUCUGUAAACUGAUUGGCCACAGGGCUAUGUGACGGCGAUCUUUUGAACCCUCGUACUGUGUAAUUAAAUCCUGAUUGGAUAUUUGACACACGUGUGGAUGUGAGUUAGAAUGCACAAGUGACCGAUAGUUGAGUUGAUCACAAUAUGCUUCAAACUGCAUUGUAAAUAUGCUUUCCAUUUAAAGCCCUUGACUUUGUUUUUUAUCAUUUUUGUCUUAUUAUAAAGUUACUGUAUGAUUAUGGUAUAUGUGUACUUGCCAUAACCCAAAUGCAUUUUUUUUUGCUUUCAUUUUGUUUGUUUUUUUAAUUGAUGUCUCUGUAGCUGCAGCACACUGAAGUAUCCAUCACGUUUAAUGGAGGACAAGCCAAUAUCUUGAGGGUUUUGGAAAUGUAGAUCUGCAUCUUAGGUGUGGUUAUCAAGUCCCUCACUUCCCAUCAUUUCCAUCUCCAUCAUUAGUUUGAGGGACACACAACUAAUUGUUGAAGGACCUCAAAAGAUUUUACAGUACAUACAUGUUUGGCUGUGUUUGAAUGGAAUUUUAGUUUUUGGCUUUGUCUCUCACUUUGGUUCUUUGUUUAGCUGUGCUUCAGGAGUGUUGCCUCAUCUUUAUUGAGUGAUCUUGCAUAAAUGUGGCCCUUCUUCGUGAUGCAGUGUAUGUAUUAUUUGCCUGUAUAUAUAUUUGAGAGCUGUGAAGAGAGGUGAGAGGGCUUGGAGUGUUCUCAUUUGUUUGUCUAUAAUGGAGCUCAGAAGCCUUAUUGAAUAAAGCUGCUGUUGAAACAAAAA